GCAAGAACGGCGGCGCAAGCAAGUCGUCGCUGUCGGUGGACUCGCUGGACAGCCGCGCGGCGCCGGCCGGCAGCCCGUCGCUCGAGGCGCACCGCCGCUCCAAGAGCAUCCUCAAGAAGUCGGAGGGCGGCGGCGGCGGCGGGGGCGGCGGCGGCGGCGGCGGUGGCUCGCGCGGCGGACGACGCGACCCCGAGACGGAGCGACUCAUCUCGGGCGGCGGCGCGGGGUCCGGCGACGGAGGCUCCGGGUCGGAGAGCUCGCCGCAGAAGAAGGCGUCCGUGGGCGGCGGCGGGGCGGUGUCGCCCGCGCACACGCCCGCGCCCGCCCGCCGGGUGUCCUCUGCGCCCGCCGGCUCCGCCCACUCCAACACCGGCCCGCUGCGCGCCAUCGGGCCCAAGGCCGCGCCCAAGCCCCGCGCGCUGCCCAUCAAGUUCGUGGGGCUGGGCGGGGGCGGCGGCGGGGCCGGCGGCGGGAGCGGGGGAGUCGGCGGCGGAGGGGGCUCCAUGCGGCGCCUCAAGUCCCCGCUGCUGCUGCUCGACGACCUCCUGGGUGGCGAGAAGCACGCGCGCGACGAGGUCACGGUGGAGAACAAGCACAAGGAGCGCCUGGAGGCGGGGGCGGGCUCGGGGGCGGGAGCGGGCGCAGGGGUGGCGCUUCUGGGCGGUGGCGGCUGCGCGGUGGCGCCGGGCGACGCCGGCGGCUGCUGCCCGCCCGGCCCGGGCGAUUCGCGCGCGCUCUACAUCUGCCCGCCCGCGGGCGGUGGCGGCGACGAGGGGUCGCCCACGGAGGAAACGAAGCUGCUGCAGGGGGCGGCGCCGGCGGGGCCCGUUCCGCCGCACCACCCGCACCACCUGCACCACCACCACCAUCACCACCACCAACACCAGCCGCCCAAGUCGU